GACAAUUCUCAACAGCGAUUGGCUGGUUGCCGGCCGUAAAGUGCAGCGGCGUUCUAGUUGUAGUGUAGGUGGCAGUAAACAACGCUAGGUUAGUUGAGGGAUUUCCGAUACGUUGUUAUUAGUACAUAUUUAUUUGGUUUAAAAAAAGGUCAAAAUGGCCGAAAAGUUCGAUAAUCUCGAGGAGCAUCUGGAGAAAUUCAUUGAGAACAUUCGACAGCUGGGAAUUAUCGUCAGCGACUUCCAACCGAGCAGCCAAGCGGUCCUCAACCAGAAACUGAACUUCAUGAUAUCCGGGCUACAAGACAUCGAUAAGUGCCAAAAGCAGCUUCAUGACAUUAACGUACCCCUGGAGGUGUUUGAGUACAUCGACCAAGGCAGAAACCCCCAGCUGUACACCAAGGAAUGUCUGGAGAGAGCCUUGGCAAGGAACGAGCAGGUCAAAGGGAAGAUAGACACCAUGACGAAAUUCAAGAGCCUCUUGAUUUCUGAGCUCAGCAAAGUUUUUCCUGAGGAAAUGGCCAAGUACAGAGAUAUACGUGGGGAAGAUGGGCCUUCCUAGUGGCUGCAGCACAGAAGCAUUCUGACCAUCCACCUGUGACCUCUCCUGUAUGGAACGUCUGAAUGGAUUUCAUCAGGCUGUUUGUUCUGUGGCUGCCAGAAGCAUGUGAUCACUGCUUAUUAUUUCUCCUAAAUAUUGUGCGUCUCUUGCUGAUUGAUAUUCUAAUGAAUGAGGUUGUAUGUCAGAGCCGCACCCAAACUCUGCCACUCAUUACCUUUUUGUACAUUGAAACCUAUUUAAAACCAUUCUUAUUGGAGAAACAUAACUUUUUUUAAUGCCUUGGAUGUGUUGUAAGGGUGUGCAUUAAUUUUCUUCAUUCAGCUUUGAGUUUUACAGGCAGAAAUGUUUCAAGGCUCAUUUCUAAUGAAGAAUAUAAAAUAGACUGUCAGGUGCACAAACAGUAUAUUUAUACCUAUAUUUUUUUAUAAUGCUUCUGUAUCAUUGUGCUAAUUCAUAGGAUUUUGUAUCAAGCUCAGGUUUUUAAGGGCCACAAUUGAAUGGAAAUGUUUUCUGACGACAACUUUGUGCCUCAGCGUACAAUCUUUAUGCGUCACGUGUUUAUAUUGUAAUGUUUGUUAAUAAAUCCAUUUUUUUUAAUGCUGAAA